AUGGGUUCCAAGAUGAUGGCCAGAGCUGCAAUUUUCCUUUAUCUGCUCUCCCUAGCGGCUGCCAUGAGAACUGGAGGUGUUUCCAUGAUAGGUCAAGCCGAAAUCGACGUGAGAAAAUUUGGAGCGAAAGCCGACGGAAGAUCCGACGAUAGCCAGAUUAUUGUGAAUGCCUGGAAUAAGGCAUGCACGUCUCCAAGCCCUAGCACGGUUGUGAUAUCCAAAGGGAGUUACCUGGCGGGCCCGCUGAAAUUCCAAGGGCCAUGCAAGGCGGACGUCAACCUGAAGGUCGAAGGGGCCGUCAAAGCACCGGCGGACUUGAACAAGUUCAAGUCGCAAGGCUCCUGGGUCCUGUUCCAGAACAUCGAAGGCUUGACCCUUUCCGGCGGCGGGUCGUUUGAUGGCCAAGGUGCGGCCGCCUGGAAAGAGAACAACUGCGCUCAGACCGGCAAAUGCAAUUCCCUCCCCACGAAUCUGCAGUUCACCUCGAUCAACAACUCGCACGUCCAAGACAUCACCUCCCUCAACAGCAAGCUGUUCCACGUGGAGCUCCUGAACUGUAAUAACGUGACGCUCCAGCACGUCACCAUCGACGCGCCGGAAGACAGCCUUAACACCGACGGGAUCCACGUGGGCCGCUCCACGGGGGUCAACAUCAUUGGUGCCGACAUCAGGACUGGCGAUGACUGUGUCUCGCUCGGUGACGGAAGCCAGCAGGUGCACAUCGAGGGCGUGACGUGCGGGCCUGGCCAUGGCAUCAGCGUCGGGAGCCUCGGCAAGUACCACGAUGAGCAGCCUGUGGUCGGCGUGACCGUGCGCAACUGCACCCUCACCAACACGAUGAACGGGAUCCGCGUCAAGACGUGGCCUAACUCCCCGAGCGGCGUAGCCAGCGGCAUGCACUUCGAGGACAUCACGGUGAAUAACGUGUCCACGCCUAUUCUCAUCGAUCAAAACUACUGCCCGUAUAACAAUUGCCAGCAGAAGAUUCCUUCAAAGGUCAAGAUCUCAGAUGUGAGCUUUAGGAACAUCCGAGGAACGUCUGCAACACCACUUGCUGUGAAGCUUGUGUGCAGCAGAGGAGUCCCUUGCCAGAAAGUGGAGCUUGCUGAUAUUAACCUGAGGUAUAAUGGGAGAAACGGGACUGCCACAUCGCAGUGCGAGAACGUGAAGCCUACGAUCGCCGGGAAAUUGUCUCUGCCCAUUUGCGCGGGGCCACGAAGUUGA